AUGGACGAAACCAAGGGACGAAAUUCGGGUUCGGGUCCAAGUGAAUCAAGGAGGAGGUCUGAUUGGAGACGCGAAACAGAUUCAAGAUCCUGGGCAGAGAAGAGGGAGACUAACGAAACGGGUGAGAUUCGUGAUCUGCAACAAGAACAGAGACUGGGAGAUGCUGAAAUGCAGAGGAGAAGCCAUGAAACAGAGUCAAGAUUCUUGCAACACAAGAAUAGUGAAGAAGAUUGUCGGGAUUAUCUGAGAAAUGGUGUGUGUCGCUAUGGAAGUGGUUGCCGUUUUAAUCAUCCACCGGGACGAAAUUCAGGUUCAGGUUCGGGUUNAGGGAGGAGAUCUGAUUGGAGACACGAAACAGAGUCAAGACUCAGAGCAGAGAAGAGGGAGAAUGAAGACUCUGGUUUAAGAAUCGACGAAACAGAUCAGAUUCGUGAUCACAAAGGUAAUCUGCAAGAACAGAGACAGUCUCUGAGAGAUUUUGAGAUGCAGAGGAGAAGCCACGAAACAGAGUCGAGAUCCUUGCAACACAAGAAUAGGGGCCAGGCAACAACUCUGGAUAGUGGUUCCAAGAGGAAAUUCGAUGAGGGAACUCGGAGGAUGAGACACAAAGCGACGCAAUCGAGAGCGUAUCCAGUUCGUCCCGGUGAACAAGAUUGUCCACAUUUUCUAAAUUUUGGUCUGUGUAGCUAUGGAAGAAAUUGCCGUUUCAAUCAUCCUACUCAUCUUCGACCAACUUGUAAGUAUUUUGUGAGAGGAGCUUGUAAGUACGGCUCAGCUUGUAGAUUUUCUCACCCAAUGGACAGAGAUGGUGCAGCACCUGCCUUGUUCAAUGUUCCCGGUUCGCCUAUGCAUCGGGCUACAAGUUCGGAUCGUAGAGCGAGUGAAUUCAACUGGAGAUUUGACGACAGGGGACACGAAACAGGGUCAGGUUCCAGGCCAGAGAAGAGGCCACGGACUAUACCGGAUUCUCGAGAGCGUGAUCCAAGAGAAAGUUCCGAAGAUAUAAGUCAAAGACGCGAUGAAAAAGUGGCCGGAUUCAACCGAGCGAGGCUGGCAAGAAUUUUGGAUCGUAGAGCGAGUGAAUCCAGGCCAGAGAAGAGGGCACGAACUAUACCAGAUUCUCGAGAGAGUGAUCCAAGAGAAAGAAUCGAAGAUAUAAGUCAAAGACGCGAUAAAAAAANUGGCGGGAAUCAAGCGAGCGAGGCUGGUAAAGAAAUUGAAUAA